CGUUGGCGGCUGCUGCUGGGCAGGUGCUCGGUGAGUCUGACCUGUCUGCGAGGUCUGCAGCGUCCUCGCGAGAUUUGAGCAUGGCCGAGCCAGGCCGAGGGUGGGUGUCUGGGGUUUCCCAGGAACCUGUGACAUAAGGACUUGGCUGUUCGUGACAAGGUCAGCAAGCGCAGGGGCCCUACAGCCGAGCUGAUCCCGCCCCCUUCCAUGGGCCGAGACCUUGGGCAAACCCUAGGCCUUAGUUUUCCAGUCUUUCAGAGGGGGAUGGUGGUAUUGUAGUUGCCUGCACACAGGAAGUCUGCUAAAAUCAGCAGCAGGGCUGAUCCCCUAUGUCGCAGAUAUCCUGGCGGCCUCAAGGGUCGUUUGUGUGCGUCUUCUCGGUUUGGAUGCUGCUUUGGCAGCCGUCUCUGGCUCAUCUGAGGAAUCCCUGGCCUGAGCCCUUCUGAAUCCCGUGGAUAUAAGACUUGGUCUCUCUCCACAUUGGUUCCUCAGGGAAGAGAGAGAUGACUAGGCAGGUGGAAAGGACCACUGAAGGUCAUGUUAUCUGGAUUCUCUUUCCUGGGUUCUGCUCCUUUUCUUAUCGGCCCUGGUGUUUAUUAAGCUGUGUCUGUACUUCGUGGAUUCCAAGGACAGCCCUUGAGCACAUCUGGGAGGAGGGUGAGAGAGGGAAAUAUGAUGUGGCUGCUGGCCUCCUGGGAAUACACUUCUUCUAGGCUUGGUGAAAGUCUGAGGGUUAGGACCGGGCUUUACUCUACUUUUGAGAAGGAUUUCUGAAGCAGCUUUGUGAUUUGGGAAGCCUGAAGUACCAAUGGGAGACCCUGCAGAGCGACCACCUUCUGUCAGAAGCACACACAAACAAGCAGGUGGCUGCCUGCCCAGCCCAGCACCAUGCACACGCUUGUGUUCCUGAGUAUGCGGCAGGUGCUCCAGUGCCAGUCAGCUGCCUGCCAGGCCUUACCCCUGCUGCCCCGAGAGCUCUUCCCCCUGCUCUUCAAGGUGGCCUUCAUGGACAAGAAGACAGUCGUACUGCGUGAGCUGGUGCACACGUGGCCCUUCCCACUGCUCAGCUUCCAGCAGCUGCUGCAGGAGUGUGCCCACUGCAGCCGGGCCCUGCUGCAGGAGCGGCCCAGCACUGAGAGCAUGCAGGCUGUGAUCCUGGGGCUGACUGCCCGGCUGCACACCCCAGAGGGUGAGGCUGGCACACAACCCUUCUGCAGGAAGCAUGCUCUUCGGGUGCUGGAUAUGACUGGUCUCCUGGAUGAUGGUGUGGAGCAGGACCCUGGUACCAUGAGCAUGUGGGAUUGCACAGCAGCUGUGGCCCGCACAUGCAUUGCCCAGCAGCAGGGCAGGAGUUCGGAGCAUGGGCCGGCUCCUGUCCCUGUGGAGGUUCGUGUGGACCUUCGGGUGAACCGGGCCUCAUAUGCAUUCCUUCGUGAGGCACUCCGAAGCAGCCUAGGCAGCCCGCUUCGGCUCUGCUGCCGGGAUCUCCGGGCUGAGGACCUGCCCAUGCGUAACACCGUGGCCCUGCUGCAGCUUCUGGAUGCAGGCUGCCUGCGCCGUGUGGACCUGCGCUUCAACAAUCUGGGCCUGCGUGGCCUGUCUGUCAUCAUUCCACAUGUGGCCCGUUUUCAGCACUUGGCCAGCCUGAGACUGCACUAUGUACAUGGGGACUCAAGACAGCCCUCCGUGGAUGGUGAGGACAACUUUCGCUACUUCCUGGCUCAGAUGGGCCGUUUCACCUGUCUGCGGGAGCUCAGCAUGGGUUCUUCUCUCCUUUCAGGAAGGCUGGACCAACUGCUCAGCACUCUGCAGAGCCCCUUGGAGAGUUUGGAGCUGGCCUUCUGUGCUCUGAUGCCUGAGGACCUGCAGUUCCUGGCACGGAGCUCCCAUGCUGCCCAUCUCAAAAAGCUGGACCUGAGUGGGAACGACCUGUCAGGCAGCCAGCUGACGCCCUUCCAGGGUCUGUUGCAGGCAGCAAGGGUCACACUGCUGCAUCUUGAGCUGACCGAGUGCCAGCUUGCUGAUGCCCAGCUACUGGCCACACUCCCCACUUUGACUCAGUGUGCCAGUCUCCGCUACCUUGGCCUCUAUGGCAAUCCAUUGUCCAUAGCUGGCCUUAAGGAGCUGCUGCGGGACUCGGUGGUGCAGGCUGAGUUGCGCACUGUGGUGCACCCCUUUCCUGUGGACUGCUAUGAAGGUCUGCCCUGGCCACCACCUGCAUCUGUCCUGCUGGAGGCCUCCAUUAAUGAGGAAAAGUUCGCUCGUGUAGAAGCUGAGUUGCACCAGCUACUGUUGGCCUCAGGCCGUGCCCAUGUGCUCUGGACCACAGACAUCUAUGGUCGCCUGGCUGCAGACUAUUUCAGCCUGUAAGCUCCAGGCUUUGGCUGAUAACACAGGUCAGGAGCCUUGUUGGGACUCUUGGAGGCCUGACACAAAGGCACUGGUCUCAGGCUUCUCACGGGGUCUGCCUUGCUCCUUCGCACACCCUAAGCCUCCUCUUUCCUGCUGUGUUCUUCACUUGGCCUUGCACAUACUUCCUAACUGGCUGACUAUGGGCACUGGGCUGAAUUUCAGGCCUGCUUUAUUCUAUUCAGUGUGGCUGAGCUUUGGCGUCCUGGCCCCCUCUGUGGAUAUUCCUGGGACCCUAGCUGUGAGCUGAGAGGGACAGUGGACUCUGGGUCCUUCCCAAGAGUGCAGUGGGCUGACGUAGGGAUGGCCUACUUCAGGGAGGCAUGGGGCCCCAUCCCUCAUACCCAAACCAACCUGUCAGCUGGCUCUGGGACUGGAGGGUGUUAUGAAGGUACAAACGUGCAGUGUAUCUGGAA